CUCUCUCUCUCUCUCUCUACACCCACACACAAAGAGUUCAAAGACGACUUAUAAAGUUCCAAAAAGUCUUUGAAUCUGAAAUAUCCAAAUGAAGAUUCGAAACAACCCUAUGUUCCAUGGUGGUGGUGGUUACACUGGCUUAAGAGCUCGUAACUUAACAUUCAAGAAAGUUGUGAAGCAAGUGAUGAGAGAUCAGUCACAGAAUCAUUUCAUGAUUCAUAUGGAGAACAUGAUGAGAAGAAUUGUUCGAGAGGAGACAAGUCGUAUCCUUCAACCUUUUCUCACAUCAUCAUGUUUCUCAAUGGAGCUACCACGUUCUGAAACGCCAUCUUCGCGUCCAAGAUUCAUGCUGCGGUUCCUAAACUCACCGCCCUCAUCUAUAUUCACGGGGUCCAAGAUCGAAGCUGAGGACGGUUCUCCACUAAAGAUCGAGCUCGUGGACAUAACCACGAACACUCGAGUCACUUCAGGACCGUUCUCGUCUUCUCGAGUCGAGCUCGUGCCUUUGAACGCUGACUUCACUGAAGAAAGCUGGAACGUUGAAGGAUUCAAACGCAAUAUUCUCAAGCAACGUGAAGGGAAACGACCACUACUCACCGGAGAUUUAACUGUGAUGCUUAAAGAUGGUUUUGGAGUUAUCGUCGGAGAUAUCUCUUUCUCUGAUAAUUCGAGUUGGACAAGGAGUAGGAAGUUCCGGUUAGGUGCUAGGUUGACCGGAGAUGGAGCCGUGGAGGCGAGAAGUGAAGCUUUUGGAUGUAGAGACCAACGAGGAGAAUCUUACAAAAAACAUCAUCCUCCUUACCCUUGUGACAAUGUUUGGAGACUAGAAAAAAUCGCGAAAGACGGCGUUUCGGCUAUGCGUUUGGCUGAAAACGGAAUUAAAACCGUUCAGGACUUUCGCUGUUGCUAUACCGUGGAUCCAAAUGGGUUAUACAACAUACUUUGUGGAAGCAUCUCAAAGAAAACAUGGAAAGCAAUUGUAUCACACGCAAUGGAUUGCGUUCUGGACGAAACAGAGUGUUACAUUUACGACACAAACGUUCAUGGCGUUUCUCUUCUCUUCAACUCUGUUUAUGAACUUAUUCAAGUCUCACUCAGUGGCGGCGAUUUCCAAAACGUCGAUCAGCUAACCAGUUAUCAAUCAUUUUUGGACCAACUCAAGAUUGAAGCUUACCAAAACCUUAACCGCAUGAGAUUGGUAAGGGAUAGGACCUUUGCGAGUCAUCCGCAAAGGUCCUUACAGUGCCAGCAAGGUCCUGAAUUUGGCAUAACAUGUUCUGGAUCACAACAAAUAGACUUUCAAGGAAGUUUGGAUCCAUCAAGCUCUUCAAUGUCUGCAAGAUCAACGGUCCACCCUGAUAUGCUGAUGAAUUUUGAUAACUCAUCAACCGCGACGUUUCAUAUCGAAAAGAAAUUCGUACCGGGUUUUCGAAACAGCUUCAAAGUAAGUGAAGUCGACUUAGUACAAGGCAAAUCACAAACUGUAGUGACAAAAGGUCGUAUGGAGAACGACGAGGAGGAUGAGAAUGCGUUUGAUUGUCAUCAACAUUAUGACAUGAUGACCUCGAACUGGUCACCUGGUACGCAUCAAGAAAUGGAUACGAUGUGUUUUACCUUGUCGGGGACAGAAGAAGCUGGAAUGUUUGAUCUUCGUUUUGAAAACGUUAAUUUGGGAUCUCCGAGAGCUAGGUGGUGUAAAGUUAAAGCAGCUUUCAAGGUUAAGGCAGCUUUUAAGGAAGCCCGGAGACACACAACUGCUAGAAACCGAGGUAAGGCGUGUAAGAAGCCUUGCCUGCCGUAUUAGAUUGAAAGGUUUCUUGCGAUACACGAAAGAUGUGUACAUGUUUGUGAAUAAGGUUAGGUUUAUGGAUCCCGACCAAAAUGAGUUAUGGGGAUUAGGUUUUGUGUAUAUCAUGUUUAAUAUUUCCUUUUUCCCAAAAUGGGUUUUAUAAUGAUAUGACUAAAUAGAUUUUUAUAAAUAUUUGAAGUUUUUUUCCCCCUGAAUUAUUGUAGCUCAGGGCGUUUGGUUUGUAAGUUGUAAUAAGUUGUAACCUUUUUAUAUGCCGUAUAAGAAUCAGCUGUUUCUUGCAGUACACGAAAGAUAUAAGGAUAUGUAUAUAUGUUUAUUUGCUU